AGACCGUACGGCGACAUGGGCGCGCCGGGCACGUCCGUACCGCAAGAUGGCUGCUCGGACAGGGACAGAGCCCGCCUCUGCCGCCUGGACAACUGCUCCCGGGUCCUCUAAGAGGAGGAAGCGCCACCCAUGGCACGCAGUGUCCCGUCGGACAGCAGAGCGAGCCGUCGUCCCGCGACACGACCCCACGCCGCUCGCAGGGCGUCCCGGGCUCGCGUUGGCCCGGCCGUACGCCAAAAUGGCGGCUCCCGCGUAUUUCCGCUUGCGCGCCGUAUCCUCUUUGCCGCCUGCCGCGCGCCCCGAUUGGCCCCCGCGGCGUCCCGUCCCCGCGUCGCGCUGCGGGCCCGUCGGAGCGACGCCGCUUGGGUCAGUCGGCGGCCGGACUGGGAAGAUGGACGCAGCCACUCUGACCUACGACACUCUCCGGUUUGCCGAGUAUGAAGAUUUUCCGGAGACCUCAGAGCCCGUUUGGAUACUGGGUAGAAAAUACAGCAUUUUCACAGAAAAGGACGAGAUCUUGUCUGAUGUGGCAUCUAGACUUUGGUUUACAUACAGGAAAAACUUUCCAGCCAUUGGGGGGACAGGCCCCACCUCGGACACAGGCUGGGGCUGCAUGCUGCGGUGUGGACAGAUGAUCUUUGCCCAAGCCCUGGUGUGCCGGCACCUAGGCCGAGAUUGGAGGUGGACACAAAGGAAGAGGCAGCCAGACAGCUACUUCAGCGUCCUCAAUGCGUUCAUCGACAGGAAAGACAGUUACUACUCCAUUCACCAGAUAGCGCAAAUGGGAGUUGGCGAAGGCAAGUCCAUAGGCCAGUGGUACGGGCCGAACACUGUCGCCCAGGUCCUCAAGAAGCUUGCUGUCUUCGACACGUGGAGCUCCUUGGCAGUCCACAUAGCAAUGGACAACACCGUUGUGAUGGAGGAAAUCAGAAGGUUGUGCAGGACCAGCGUUCCCUGUGCAGGAGCCACUGCGUUUCCUGCAGAUUCCGACCGGCACUGCAACGGAUUUCCUGCCGGGGCUGAGGUCACCAACAGGCCAUCGCCGUGGAGACCCUUGGUGCUUCUCAUUCCCCUGCGCCUGGGGCUCACGGACAUCAACGAGGCCUACGUGGAGACACUGAAGCACUGCUUCAUGAUGCCCCAGUCCCUGGGCGUCAUCGGAGGGAAGCCCAACAGCGCCCACUACUUCAUCGGCUACGUUGGUGAGGAGCUCAUCUACCUGGACCCCCACACCACGCAGCCGGCCGUGGAGCCCACUGGCAGCUGCUUCAUCCCGGACGAGAGCUUCCACUGCCAGCACCCGCCAUGCCGCAUGAGCAUCGCGGAGCUCGACCCGUCCAUCGCUGUGGGGUUUUUCUGUAAGACUGAAGACGACUUCAAUGACUGGUGCCAGCAAGUCAAAAAGCUGUCUCUGCUCGGAGGCGCCCUGCCCAUGUUUGAGCUGGUGGAGCAGCAGCCUUCACACCUGGCCUGCCCCGAUGUCCUGAACCUGUCCCUAGAUUCUUCUGAUGUAGAGCGACUGGAAAGAUUCUUCGACUCAGAAGAUGAAGACUUUGAAAUCCUGUCCCUUUGAAAAUCCUGGGGUCGGUGGUGGCACCUGUGAGAGCCUGGGGCUCCUGGUGCCGCCGCACUUCAUCCAUCCCGCCCGCUCGCCUGCCGAGGGCCGCGCCCCGUGCUGCCUCCCCCCAGAGGGCCACCCGCUCUGCUCGUGGACUCAGGCUGCGCUGCCCGGGAGGCCUUACUGCUUGGUGUCCGACUGCCCAGCUCAGAGUGCCCGUCAGGGCCUGUGCAUCUGCACACGGAGCCGUCUGUCAGGAGCUUCCAGAGCGUUCUCUGGACACUGCCAGCCCCGCGUUAGCGCCUGGGCCUCAGUCCCACUUGCUCCCAGGCGCCGGUUCUGUGGUUGGUUUGGAAUUAAAGUCCUGUUUGAAGUUGUCAGA